CAGGUCCCGGAAGCGGAAGUGUGGGAUACUUCCGGCGCGCAGCAGGCGGCCAUGUUGGAGCAGAGGAGGCGGCGCAGAGGCGCGUUCUGUGUCCCCGCGGCGGCGCCGGGACGCGGUCUCCCAGGUCGAGGGCCCCAUUCUGCCCCAGACUCCAGUUUUCCUGGAUGCUGCCUCUCUCGCCCCGUCUCGGUCAACGACCCCUGGUGGCCCCGGAGGCAAGUGUGAAGGCAAGUCGGGGUCCCGGCUUCAGCCUCUUUCCGAAGGUUCUUGAAAGCCAAGAAGAUCCUCCCUUAAGGGGCCUUGGGCGAGGAGUCCGCAGUCAACCCCAAUAUGUGUGUUGGGGAUUGUGGGUGGGAAAUAGGCCACCUCCCCAUACAGUUCACAGCCCCGAGAAUUCCACCCCCUCAAAAGCUAAAUAAAUAAAAGAACUAAAGUCAUGUACAAGAAUUGUGCUUGGAAAGUGGCCUCUGGGGAGGGGAAGUACCUCAGACACCUGAGGAUCCAAGAAUGUUUCCAAACAGGGAGCCCCAGAGCACUUCCUCCAGGGGAUUCAGAAGACUUCAUCUCCCUGCAUUAGUGUGGUGGGGAGAAGCUGCACAGAUGGGCCUUGAGGCCCCAGGGACCUCACUGAUGCAGGCUGAUCUUUUAAUGUUCCAGUGCAGCUGGGGAGCUGCCACUUGCCUAUGGGAUGCUCAAAUGCUGGGUUGAGUGUAAGAUGUUAGUCAUGACUGACAACUACAGUUUCUUCAAAGAAGUCUGGGACAAUUUAAGUGUUCUAGACAACUCUGGGCUGUUCUGAGGCCUGCUGUCCUCCAAGCUCUAGUUGGAACAGCUCAGACCUCAGAUGUCCUUUUGGCUUGCCAUCCCCCAUGAAACAUUUAGCUCCUGUGUCUUCAGACUGUGGGCUUCUGAUUUUUCAGCCUGGUCCCCGGAUGCCUAGUUAUUUAGGUGUCGUUCACAACUGCUGCUCAUCAGCUAAGUGAAGAAUGGCUCUUUACCUUAAGCUUGUCUUUGGGGCUAGAGCUAGUAAUUGGGUUACCAAGUUGACUGUCUAGGAACCCUGAAAGCAGAGCCACACCCCGCCAACGGCUGGAGGAACUGAUAAGGACGAGGACAUUAGGUAUAAAUCUGUGUCCUUUGGCCAAUAUUCAGCAUUCUUUGUUGACCUACCUGUAACUUGUUUUUCUAGCUAGAUACCAGACUCCACAGCAAUUGUGCCUUGCUCUUUUUCUUCACAGCCACUGUGAAGGCUACUCCCCUUUUUGUUCUUUUUCUAUCUGUCAUUUAUCCUAAGUAGCUUUUCUGUCACAGAAAUCCUUCCUGACCUGUUCACAAGCUGAGCCUUACACUUCAAAGAAUCUUAGUGGUGACUCUGCCUUGUCUUCUGGAUUGAGCUUCUUGAGGAUGAGGCUGUGUACCUUUUUUCUCCAGGAUUGCAUCUAAUUAGGUUUUAAGCAUCAGAAAAUACAGAUUUAAGGCGGGGGAAAAAAAAAAAAGAAGAUGCAGUAUGUCCAUGUACAAAUUCCUCUUGAGGAAUGUAUCUGUUAUAUAUCACAAAUUUAAAAAAAUAUUGAUGCAAAUGGAGUGUGUAAUACACAGCUACUUGGGAAGCUGGAAGAAUCACUUGAAUCCACAAAUAAAAGACCACCCUCCCUAUGUAACAUAGUGAGAUCCCAUCUGAAAACAAAAGAGCAAAUUUAAGCAACCCAGGUUUAAAUUUUUCCCAGGUCCUAGCAAGUUAGGUGAUUCUUCUUUUUUGUUUGCUUGGUUUUUUGUCUUUUUCAUUUUUAUCGGUACCGGGGAUCGAACUCACGACCGCCUGCUUGAAAGGCAGGUGCUUAUGUUGCUGAGCUAAAGCACCAGCCCCAGUUAGGUGAUUCUGAAGUGCACUGAGAAUGUGUCCUGAAGAAAUUACCUGACUCUUCCCUCCACAGUGCAGUAGUGGUUAGGAGACCAGGUCCCCCUCCCCCCCCGAAACUUGCUCUGACCAGGGAGUGGGGACCCUGUGAGACCUGUGUACCUGCUCUGCCUCCAUGUCUUGGUGCCAUUCUUACUGAUUCUUUUCUUCUUGCCUUGGAGGUGCCAACCACUGAUUUGUGGAUACCCGGGCAGAACUACAGUGCCUAAUGCCAUGAGCGUGGUGGUGCAGCAUGUGGAGGAGAAAGCUGUGCACUCCUGGUCACGCAUCUCCACAGCAGGGAAGAAGGCCUUGGAAGAGGCGCUGCUUGUCUUUAACCCCAUGAGCCAGGAUCUCAAUGCCACAGAGGCCCAGCUUGUGGCCUUCCUGCAGGGUCUGAGAGAUGAUGGUUUCCAGCCUACCAUUCUACGCAGCGGUGAUGUCUAUGGCUAUAGUUCAUGCACGGCCAGUCCCCCAAGUCAGACGAAACUUCAGGCCCGUGCCCCCAACCCAACUGCCACAUCACCUCCAGCCAGUGCUCCCCAAACUGCUGUGCACCUGCCCACAGGCCGAGCUACCCUGCUUCCUAUGUCAUUGUCUGGCAGGCUGGCCAAAGGGUCUACACCAGCCCUUACCAAGCAUACUACUACCAACCUGUUGCUGAGCUCUCUGAAGCAAUCAAGUGCCAGCCGAACCAGGGGUGCAACAAUGGGUUUUCCCACCCACCUAUAUCCAGGUGUCUACCCUGCCAUGCGGCUUUCUGUUGUCCUUGAAGCCCUGGUUCCACUUAAGAAUCCUAUGCGCUGCUUGAAUGCUAAGCACAAACCACAGUCAUUGCGGCUGUCACUUGCAAACUCUCCUUUGAAAUUGCAGAAAGGUUCAGGGAAGAGUCCAGAGAAGUCCUGCUCCAAAGCUCCUAGAAAAACCACAAGCAAGGGUGCAACAUGUCUGACUCACAAAGGUUCUAGGGCUGGACCCCAGCAAGGCACUGGAUCCCAGAGAAAGACCUGCAAAGCCAUUGGCUCUGUCCGUGGUCUGCAAAUGAAAGAGGGCUCCACCCUGGGCACCGAAACAGCCCAGGUCAAGGCAACUCGAACACUGGCUAAAGCUGCCCAAAACAGUGGCAAUGUGGCUCGAAUACAGGCUAAGGCCAAGGCAGCACGAGACAAGGCUAAGGCCAAGGCAAUACGGGACAAGGCUAAGGCCAAGGCAAUACGGGACAAGGCUAAGGCCAAGGCAAUACGGGAUAAGGCUAAGGCCAAGGCAGCAUGGAACAAGGCUAAAGCCAAGGCAGCACGGAACAAAGUGGCUCAGAUUCAGCUCAAGGGCAGGGGCAGGCCAAAGGCAUCUGUUCAGCCUAGCAUGUCAAGAAAGGCCCAGAAAAGUCACUCUGUGACUCUGGGACAGAAGAGGAAAAGGGCUGAGGAGGCAAAGGAUCUCCCUCCAAAGAAGAAAAAACGGCUUGAGUCUCAGUCUCCCAAGUCCUGCUUGGGGUCAGGAACAGCAAAGCUAAUAAAGUUCCGUGCCAUAAAGGUGAACAGACAGUCCUCAGAUGAUGAGGUUCGGCAGCAAGCCCAGCAGAUUCUCCGUGUGAACCUGUCUCCUGUAGUACGGCUCCAGCCAUUGAUGCCAUAUUCGACAUCCUGACUCCUUCAUACAGCAAUGUUUGGAAAAAUAGCCCAGCUGUUUGCAUGGCCAGUGGCACAGUGUGCCAUGCCUGUGGACUCUGCAACGUUGAAAAACUGGGUAUCUCUCCAGGGCCCUGGUGGCACCAGCCUUCUUUCAGAAAUUGAAGGAUUUGGGGUGGGGUGGUGGUGGGAGGGGUGUUCUCUUGGCACAAUGCACUGUGACUUGUUCUUGAAGUUGUAUGUCCACUGUUCCAUCUAUCACGUUUUAUACCUUUUCACCUUCCA